AUGAACCAUGAUGCCAUGGCUGACUGUACCCUAUUGUGUCAAAACCACGGAUUCCGCAUUCAGCCUGUUGAUCAGCAAACGUGUUCUUGUCACUGUCCUUUCGGGUUUAAGGGCACAUCCUGUGAAGAAUUGGACACUGACAAAGGCUGUGGUGAAUUUAUAACUCUACGGAAUGGAGAAUCAAAUGAAAUUAAAAUGGCAUCAUAUACUUCCGGGAAUAUGUGCACGUGGUUAAUAAAGGCUGAAUCUAAUUCACUACUCAAAGCCAUUGUUACAUCCAUUGAUCUUCCGUACAGCGCUAGAAAGGAAUGCUACCAUUGGAUAGAAGUCCGUGAUUACCUUAUCGGAGAUCCUGGAAAAGAGCUUUGUGGAAAUUCUACAAUCCCCAAAACCUAUACACAGAUGAGCAUCGGAGAGUCUUCACCUCUUAUGAUCAGGUUCAACAGUAGGAGAAACCACACUUCAGGAAAAGGUUUUGUCAUCAGGGUACAGGCCUUCCCAUCAGGCUGUAUGAGUUCGCCCUGUAAAACUGGGUUGAUUUGUUCAGGGGAAGGGAGCGGAUCUUACAAGUGUGCUUGUCAAAAUGGCGUGUCAGGAACGAACUGUGACGAAUUCGGAGCACUGUCUCACAAUUUCUGUGAUUUUGAGGACGAUUUUGACACCUGUAUUUUUGACCAGGAUACUUCUGGGGCAUCAAAUAUUCUUUGGAGCUUCAAUACGAGAAUUUGUGGAAAGAAAGGACAAUGCUUACAAGGCACUGGUUUCCAAUUUUUAACAAUGUCGCCAUCUUUAGACAUGGUUCCAUAUGACCUCGGGUCAAAGGCCAUCAUCACAACGACUGUCAAGUUUACAGGUUAUUAA